CUGUCUGCACGCCCUGCUCGUCGUGCUCCUGUGGAAACAGGUCUUGGCCUUCAUUUCCUCCCAUUGCCUCCUCGCAUCGCAUGCUCGCCCACUAGCUGCCUUCUCCCCCUCUGCGUCCAUGCAUGCCCUCACCCUGCUAUCUGCUGUAGUGUCGGGAAAUUUCUGGUGGUGAUGUGCGGGCCUGUGUAGGAGAGGAGACCAGUGUAUGAGACGGUGACGGGGGUGGUGCCGCUGCUGUUCCUGAAGAAGGAGGAGGAGGAGGAGAAGGAGGAGGAAAUCGCGGAGUUUAGUCGCGGGGGAGUGGAUAGUGAGCAGUUGCCUUACUCGUACAUGAUUGUGACUACACAGGUUAGGAAUCGUUCGAUACUGCAUUACAGCCAUGUCCCAAUCCGUGCAGGGAAGUCAGCUCCGCAAGAUCGUGGCUAGAGCUGUACAGCAAUGGAUAUGGUCCCCGAGCGUGGAUGUUGGCCGCCGCUCGCUUCACAAAAAUGUGAAGCGGCCCGUCAUUGUGAAUAAGCGCAGCACAGACAUUCUGCACGAUCCCUGGUUCAAUAAGGGUACCGCAUAUCCACUCGCAGAAAGAGAUCGACUUGGUCUACGUGGCUUGCUACCUCCACGAAUUAUGACCUUCGACCAGCAAUAUGAGCGAUUUAUGGGAAACUUUCGUUCCUUGGAGAAACACACGAAAGAUGGAGCUGAAGAUAUGACUGCACUUGCAAAAUGGCGUAUCCUUAAUCGGUUACACGACAGAAACGAGACUCUUUAUUACAGGGUUCUGAUCAGCAAUAUUGAACAAUUUGCGCCCAUCAUAUACACCCCAACCAUUGGAUUGGUGUGUCAACGAUACAGUGGUCUUUACAGACGGCCUCGAGGAAUGUAUUUCACCGCAAGGGAUCGCGGCGAGAUGAUGUCAAUUGUGUACAAUUGGCCAUCGACUCAGGUGGAUAUGAUUGUAGUUACAGAUGGCAGCCGUAUCCUCGGUUUAGGCGAUUUGGGAGUGCAAGGUAUUGGGAUACCAAUUGGAAAGCUGGAUUUAUAUGUUGCAGCAGCGGGCAUUAACCCUCAGCGUGUUAUGCCAGUAAUGAUUGAUGUUGGUACAAACAAUCAGGCCCUUCUUGACAACCCACAAUACAUGGGACUUCAACACACACGGAUAGAAGGCGAUGACUACAUUUCUCUCAUUGAUGAGUUUAUGGAGGCGGUUUUUACUCGAUGGCCAAAUGUCAUCGUUCAGUUUGAGGAUUUCCAAAAUAAGUGGGCCUUCAAGUUGCUGCAGAGGUACCGCAAUCAAUACCGCACGUUCAAUGAUGAUGUGCAGGGAACUGCUGGGGUAGCACUUGGAGGUUUGCUCGGAGCAGUGCGGGCGAUGGGUAAACCCAUGGAGGAUCUCGUCAAACAGAAAAUCGUUGUCGUUGGUGCUGGAAGUGCCGGUCUUGGGGUUGUGAACAUGGUGAAGAGUGCAAUGCAAAGAUUGCUUGGCGGUCAUUCCUCUGAAACGCAUAAGAAGGCCAUCGAUCAGUUCUGGAUUCUGGAUAAAGAUGGAUUAGUGACGAAAGCACGAGAUAAUCUGGCAUCUGAUGUGGAACAAUAUGCAAGGGAGGUCGAAGAGUCUGAAGGAUCCGGUAGUUUGAAAGAUGGUGCAACGCUGUUGGAAGUGGUUCAAAAAGUGAAACCUGAUGUACUUUUGGGACUUUCUGGAGUUGGAGGCCUUUUCACCCAGCAGGUUCUGGAGGCAAUGAAAGAAUCAGGGUGUCCAAGGCCAGCUAUUUUUCCUUUGUCGAAUCCCACUGCCAAUGCUGAGUGUACAGCCAAGGAAGCAUUUCAACAUGCUGGACCAAAUAUUGUCUUCGCAAGCGGUAGCCCGUUCCGGGAUGUUGAUCUUGGAGGUGGUCAAACAGGUCACUCGAACCAGGGCAACAAUAUGUACUUCUUCCCUGGGAUUGGUCUUGGUACCCUCAUGGCCGGUGCUCACCAUAUCUCUGAUGGUAUGCUACACGCUGCUGCAGAAGAGCUUGCUGCAAUCAUGACACCGGAGCAAUUGGAAGAAGGGAUCAUAUAUCCUGCUGUAUCCAGGAUUCGGGAGAUCACAGCUCGAGUGGCAGCAGCAAUAGUGAAAGAGGCAGUCAAGGAGGAUAUUGCUGAAGGAUACAGAGACACUGAUAUCAAAGAACUCAGGCGUCUGGUUCAAGAUGAUGCUGUAUUGUUGAAGUACAUCGAAGACCACAUGUGGAUGCCCGAUUAUUCGCCGCUGGUAUAUCCACAUGUUUAGCUUCCUCAAGGGCUGCGGGGCGUUCAGCUACACAUGUUUAGCCAGUCUAACUUGCUCAGCUAAUCCAAGCACAAAGAUCGCAUCCACGAGAUUAUAACUACUUGACAUUUUUGGAGGUUUCCGAGUUGAGAAUGCUCACUCGCUCUUUGUUUAUUUUGCUAAUAGCCGUUUGUGUUUGCUGUUGUCCAGCCACUGUGUAUAGUUUACCUUGAAUCAGACGUAGAAGCUGAGUGGCUAAAGGAUAUGUUAUUAUGAUGAAAGAUUUGCAGUGUGUGCUGAUUAUCAAAUUUAGAAUGUUUCAUGUUCUGAACCUCUCAUCUAAAGCAAGUCAUCUCAUGUAGCAUCGUCUUGGAACUGCGCAAGUAUGAGCUAGUAAUAAUAAGCAGGUUCUCAUAUAAUUCAAGGGGGUUUUUGGAAUAUAUAGUAGUGGUAGGAAUCACUCAACAGUAGCGAUUCCCUGAUAAUCGUUUUUGUUACCUCCAUGGUGAUGAAUUGAGGUCACUCAACAAGCAAUGAUGUAGUAAAAAAUGUGUUGUGAGAAGUCUUCAAUGCUGACAUGAUCGGUUGGCAUCAAUUUCAAAGCGAACCUCCGAAUAAUGUCAGUGAGGACCGAAACACUUAAGCAUUGUUAAUUUAUGUUUGAGUGGCUAAUGUCAAUUAGCUCAUAAAUUGAUUGGUGACAAUUGACUCA